UUUUUUGAACAAAGUUCAAUCUUCUUAUAUAGGGAAAUUUUCCCUAUAACGGCUCUUUUUUACCUUUAACGGGUAUUUUUUUCCAAGAAACUACAUUUAUUUUGAAUUAAAGUUCAAAAUAUGUGGUUUCUCUCCAAAUGGCUAUAUUUUCUUUGAAUCAAAACAAACGGCCCAAUUUUAGUUUAAGAUCUGUAAGGACACAAAAUAUUUAAAUAAUAUUUUCGCAACAGACUCUAAGAUUUAAAGAGGUUUGGUGGUGAAAUAAAUGAAGGAUGUUUGGUUGGUGACGAAUCAAUGUUUCUGGGUUGGAAUGUCAGAUUGAACAUUAAAACUUACAUCCACAAUACUUUCCUAUUUAAAACCGCUCCUUCAUUGUAAAUCUUCAUCACAAAUUUUUACAAUGACAGAUCCCAGCUACGAAGACGAUAAAAAACAUAAGAGGUAUAAUAACAAGCUGUUCUUCGUUGCCGACUCUGACAAUGGAAUUCCGCUACGUUGUCCAUGCGGUGGCCAGAUUGUCAUACAUGUCUGUAAGGCAGGAACAGACAUUGGAAAGAAGUACUUCUUUUGCAAACACUUUGAGAAUGAUGGCUUGCACAGAAAGAAAGAAUGGGAUGAGGCUAUUGAAGAGGAAACGAAAAAGCUAACGCGGAAGGUUGAUCACCACGAACUCAAAAUUCGAAGCUUAUAUUCCAUUGAAGAUAGUCUUAGUCGUUUAGAAGAAGACGAGAAGAAAAACGCUGAAGAGAUCGAAGACCUGAAGUACUUUCUUAAGAACCGUUACCCCAAUGAGUUCUACUAGCUUUUAAAGCAUGGUGUACGAUUUAAUUGUUUAAGUGUACGGUGUUAAGAAUUUUCUUGUUUAACUGUAUGCUUAUCUAUUAAAUAAACAUUUGAACCGAUAUAACGCUGUAUAUAUAGCACUGAAAAUGUUCCGUUUUGGUUGCGAGUAAAAGGUUCAAAUAAUUUAUAUGGUAUGCAGGAUAUUUAUUUAAGUGUACGCAUAAUGGUAUGCAGUAUAUUAAUUUCAAUUCGGAUAAAUACGAGAUAGUUAAUAUUGUUUUGUGUUCAAAUAAGUAAAAUAGAUUCACAAUGAUAAAAUCUUGCACACUUUUAACAAAAACGCAGAUAGGAAGUUCAUACAAAUA